AUGACAAACACAAACGCCAAUCCUGCUGGCGUUGCUGAUACAUCCACAACGGUCAAACUGAAGACGAGGUUAUACGAAUUGACUAACGAAAAUACCGCAAAUGAUAGCGACGCGAAGGGAGAGCGCAUUACUCUGCUAUGGUGUGAUGGAUCGAUGGACGAAGAGCCAUUUACCAACGACGUUACAUAUACUAAAACAAUGCUGCAUGACUUGAGUAGCUUCGUGCACUAUUGCUCAAGUGAAGCUGAGUGCAUUGCUUAUUUGGCUACAUUUCUGAAAAAUGAAACAAUCCUUGUGGUCGUCUCCGGUGCUCUUGCAUCCAAAACGUUGCUCGACAUAGCAAACACUAUUCGUCGUGUCGAUACCAUUUUCAUUUUCUGCAUGGAGGAGAAGAAAUUCGAAGCCCUUGCGCAGCAUCCAAAAGUCGCAGGCAUUUUUCACGAACAAGAAAGCCUGAAAUAUAGCAUUAUGAAAACGAUGCGAGCAAUCGAACGACAAGCGGCCAUUUUACAACUGUACGAUCCAACAAAACAAAGAUUGGCACGUAAUCUGGAUCGCGAAACGGGGUCGUUCGUCUGGCUCCAGUUGAUUAAAGAGGCUAUUCAAAAAAUGUGUGCUACUGUACCAAAUACUACUUCAGAAGAUUCAAACGGAAAACAAGAAAUGCUGCACCAAUGUCGGGAGUGCUAUCGUGAUAAUGAAAAAGAGCUAAGGAACAUAGCUGAGUUCGAGCGAACAUAUAGUGGGAAUCAAGCAAUCACGUGGUAUACGAGGGACAGUUUCAUUUUCAAAAUGAUCAACAAAGCUCUGCGCACAGAGGAUGUGGAAGCACUCUACACGUAUCGUUUUUAUAUCGCCGAUCUUUGCGCAUGUCUCGCUGAAAACAGUAAAUUACUUCGAGAGUACACAAGUACGCCUACACUCAAAGUCUAUCGUGGCAUGAAGCAGUCUCGUGAAGAGACUGAACGUUUAAAAGACAGCAUUGGACAGCUUAUAUCGGCUAAUGCCUUCUUGUCAGCCAGUCGCACGAAGGAAGUAGCUCAGGUUUACGCUGCUGUGGGCAGCAACGCUAGUGCACACAAUGAUCUGGAAUCUGUUAUCUUCGAAAUUGAAGUUGACCUGAAAGCAGAGCACCCUGCAGUCGUAGCCGACGCAUCUUGCUACAGUUAUUUCAGAGACGAAGAUGAAAUUUUGUUCGAUUUGGCAACCGUGUUCGAAGUUGAAUCAAUGACUUACGAUGAUACAGCCAAACUGUGGACAUGUCGCAUGAGAACGUCUAGCAAAGGUUAUGCCAUAGCGCAAGAAUACAUUGAACUUGAGCGAGCAGAAAUGAACAAAGACGACGUGGGAAUUUUUCUUGGCAUUAUUCUUUUCAAGAUGGGCGAAUAUCGAAAAUCAAUCGUUUACUUAAAUCAUCUAAGAGACCGAAGGCCAGAUGACGCCUAUGUUCUUUUCAUGCUGGGCAAAGCGUAUGGUGUCCUAUACGAACACGAGCAAGCGCUCACCUAUUAUGAAAAUGCCUAUCGUGUUUCAGUGAAUAAAGAUCCGCCUGAUUUGGCUCACGCCGCGCUAGUGAAUACAUACGCUGGCCUUGUCUAUUAUUACGAAUGCAACUAUAACAAAGCCUUAUCAAGCUAUGCGGAUUCUUUGAACAAGUACAAAACUGUAAACAUGACCGAGCAGGUGUCCUUCGCUCAUGUUCUCAUAGGACUCGGCUAUGUUCACUUAGUUCUCGGUCUGGACAACUCAGCGCUUGAACACUUUCAACAAGCUUUGCAAAUAAUCCAACAACAAGCACCGUUCGACCUUCCCAAUUUGUGUCGUGCCCAUAGACAUGUGGCAACCGCACUAUAUCAAAUAGGUGAUUAUGAUCGAGCGUUCAACUUUAUGAAAACAUCAUUGGAUAUUGGAAAACGAAUUUUCACUCGAAAAAGUCUUGCAUACAGUAUAAUUCUCAAUGCUAUGGGCAAGGUUCUCUACAAGAAAGGCGAAUACGAACAAGCGCUCGUACAACACCUUGCUGCGCUUGAAGUCAGUCGAUGCACGCUGCCACAUGAGAACAGUCUUAUUUUGGUUUUACCUUAUAACAAUAUCGGCAAGAUAUUUUACCGAACUAAAAAGUAUAGUAGUGCCGCCGAACAAUACGAUAAAGUAUUAUCUAUAUUGACAACGACGCUUACAAACGAUCACAUCUACACUGCUUAUACAUUAAAGAACAAAAGUGAACUAUUCCUGGCUCAAGGUGAACUUCACAACGCUGAAGAUUAUCUCAACCGGUCACGUAAGUCAAACUUGUUUUGA